AUGGCGGAUGCUGAAGAGGCCGCUUUGCGGCCCGGAGGAGCCUCCGCUGCCCCAAUUUCAUUCAGCUUCAGUCGCACAUCUGCCCGGAGACGGCUCGCGGACGACGCGGGUGCGGCUCCGGAGGAGAAGGAUUUCUUAAAGACCGUGGAAGGGAGGGAGCUGCAAAGUGUGAAGCCCUCAGAAACCCCCAAGGAACUCAUCAUCCCUUUGAUCAAGAAUGGCCAUCGCAGGCAGCCACCGACCCAGGCCCCUGGGCCAUCCACAAAUACUGAGGCCUUGGUGGAUGGGGUGCUGUCCCAGGCUGUGAAGGAGCUCAUUGAGGACUCCAAGAAGUCCCUGGAGGAGAGAGAGAAUUCGGGUGUCGACCCCACGCUUGCUAUCCCCAUGAUCCAGAAAGGAUGCAUCCCUAACGGGGAAGGGGCAGACAGCGAACCCCGGGCUGAGACAGUGCCGGAGGAAGCUGAUUAUGAGGCAGUCCCCGUAGAGGCCUAUGGGCUGGCCAUGUUACGAGGCAUGGGCUGGAAACCUGGCGAGGGCAUUGGCCGCACCUUCAAUCAAGUGGUGAAGCCCCGUGUCAACUCACUGAGGCCGAAGGGGUUAGGGCUGGGCGCCAACCUGAAUGAGGUCCAGGCCCUGGUCUCCACUGGCCCCCACCACCAACCAAAGCCAGAUGAGGAGCAAGAGAAGGAUAAGGAAGACCAGCCUCGAGGACUGGUGCCUGGAGGGGCUGUGGUGGUUCUUUCCGGCCCUCACCGAGGCCUCUACGGGAAGGUAGAAGGCCUUGAUCCUGACAAUGCUCGGGCCGUGGUUCGCCUGGCCGUGGGGAACCGCAUGGUGACUGUUAGUGAGUUCUGCCUACGGCCUGUCUCCCAGCAGGAGUUUGACAAGAACUGCUUGGAUCUCAGCCAGAUGAGCAAAACGUCCCCAGGGCAACAGAACGGAACAGCCUCGUCAUGGAAGGCCCUCCGGGAUCAGGACCUUCCCGGCCGGCGGGAGGACUCGGAGAGGAAGCGGAAACACCUUCCCUACCGACAGGAGGAGCCUGCAGCCAAGAAUGAGAAGGCCGGCCCCCGGAGCCAGCACUGGCUGCACAGGGACCUGCGCGUGCGCUUUGUGGACAGGCAGCACAAGGGCGGCCAGUAUUACAACACCAAGAUGACGAUUGAAGAUGUCCUCAGCCCAGAUACCUGUGUGUGUAGGACAGACGAAGGCCGGAUCCUGGAAGGUGUAAAGGAAGGCAUGCUGGAGACCCUGGUCCCCAAGGUCGAGGGCAACCGGGUGAUGGUGGUGCUGGGGCCACAGGCUGGAAGGGUGGGCCGCCUGCUGGGCCGGGACAGGGAACGGAGCCGGGCUCUGGUGCAGCUGCGGAGAGAGAAUCAGCUGGUGGAGCUUCACUAUGAUGCUGUCUGCCAGUACGUGGGCCCCCGGGACUCUGAUGAAGACUGACCCGUGGCCCCACUCCCACCACCACCCCACCGUCCCCGGC